UUCGGAAAGCGCUUCCUUUGACAUUCCUGAGAGCAAAGCUGUAGACGAGGAACCAGCCAUCCCAGCAAGAAAAGAAUCUGCCAUAGCAUAUCCACAGCCAGUUCAGGACUCAUGUUCUGAGGGUGAGGUUUCUAUGAAAUUUGCAGAUGAGAUUGAGGCACCAAAACCAUCAGAAUCAGUUAACGAAAUCAUAUCACCGUGGCCUUGGAGAGAAGUUGAGUUCCAGGAAGCAGUUUUCAGUGGGGACAAAUUUGAACCUUUCUUGAGACAUAUAAGAGGAGUACAACCCCCUGUACCUCCUAAAGAAAUAUCCAUGUUGAGUCAUUUAGAUAAAGAGCGCCCAUAUGUUGAAACCAAAGAACAAGAAGACCAAGACCCACCUCAUCCAAAAUCUCCAACAAAAUCUGCCAGUAGUUCAGACACUAAAUUGGUUAAGGGUGAUAAGCAGCUUUCUAUCCUAAGACUAAUAGAAAAGAACAUUGAAAUAGAAGAGAAAGAACCACAGUUUACCAAACAGAUAGAGGAAGAACCAAAGCCCCCGGCAGUUGAAGCAGAUCUCUCCCAGAAACUAUCAGAAUCAGAAGUAAAACAGGUUCAUGUUUCUUUUAAAAGGUCUUUUGAAGACUUUCUUGUCAACAGACUUACAAAAGUAAUAGCACUGAAAUCACUUUUAAGCAAGCAUGUUGAAAAUCUGGUUGAAGAAAGACUUUUGGAAGCAGAGAUAUCAGAAGAACUGGAAGAUAGCAUGGAUGUGGAGUGCUUGUCAGACAUUAAGGGGAAAAAUUUACUUCUGGGAAGAAAACCAUGCUCUCGAGAGAGGCUUUCAGAACAGGACAUAUGUAAUUUGAAAACUGUUGCAAGUCAAAACUUGCAAGCCAGUCUCAUAGGAAAACUUUCUGCCCAUGGGAUAAUCCCAGGCAUGGAACUAUCUGAGAAUAAUCAGAAGGUUCCUAAGGAAGAUUUGCUCAAGAGAAAGAAACAUUUGUCCAAGGAAGGAAUGUCACGAACGGAGAUAAUAACAUUAAAAUCACUAAGUGAGAGUCAAUCACAAGAAAGUUCCAAAACUGGACCCAUGCCAAGCAUUCAAGAAAAUCAGCUAGUCAUUAGAGAGACUGAUCUAUUGGAAAGCAAAAUGGAUGACAGAGAACCUGCUUUGCAUCAGAAAACCCAAAGAAGUUCAGUAGGAACCAACACAGAGGCGGGCUUAGAGAAGGAGUGCCCCCCAAAGUCAUUGGAAAUCAUUAGAGUAAGAUUACCAACGAGCACAGAAACAGAGUUACCUAAGAAAUCUUUAGAUAAUAUUAAACUUUCAGGACCAGAAAUAAGUCCCAAAUCUGAUCCAAACAAAACUGUCAAUGACACUCUGAUUGAAAAACUUUUAAAAGCAGAAAUAGCCAGUCUAAAGUCAUUUUUAAGCAAAGGACUCCAAGAUCACUUUAAAGAUAAACUUUCAGAAACUGGACUGAGUACAAAAGACAACUUUGAAAAAGUGUGCCAGCAGCUGUCCUUGAAUGUGAAAGAUGAACUCACCAUGGCCCUGGGGAGAGAUUUACCUGAAGGAAGCCACAUUUCCUCUGAGGUGGAUCUUCCAGGAAUACGUUCAACACAACAGAAGUCUAUGUUCAGUGAAAGUAUUCAGAAUUUUGUCUUAGAAACACUUUCAGAAAAUGAGAUUGCCACUCUGAAGUCUGUAUUGAACAAAAAGAUUCAAGAUCAUCUUUUAGAACGACUUUCAGAGAUAGGAUUGAUUACAGAGGAAGAGUUGAGGAAAGUACUGGAAAAUUUCUUUCCUGUAGUAACCGAAGAAUCACUACCCAAGGGAAAUAAUGAAAAAGUCUCAUUUAAACACGAGGAAACGGCGCAUUCGACUUCUUCCUUAACUCAAAGCCUACAAGACAGGUUUUCAGAAGAUGAAUUAAAAAAUCUCAAGUCUCUUUUGAACAGACUUUUGAAAGAAGAUCACAGAGACAAACUUUCAGAUUCAGAAAUAAAAGGUUUAACAUCUGUUUUACAGAAGAACUUUAAGGAUCUCCCCACACGUAUCAAUUGUGAAACAGGGAUGAGCAAAGAGGUAGAAACAAAGGAUGAAUCCUGUAACACAUCUUUGCUGAACAUUGAAGAAAGUUCACCUGGAGGUACAUCUUUGCAAAAAAUUGAAGAAAGUUCAUCUGGAGGUAAAACCAUCAGCGUAUCUGAGAAAGAAAAAAGUCAUUCCAAGGACAAUCUUAGCAAAAUAUUGCCAAAUAUUGUCAGCUUAGGAGGGAAACCAGGCGUUCCUGUAAGCAGUGUUUUUGAAACAGAUGAACUUCACAAAGAAACUCAGACCAAUGAUUUCAUGUCCCCGCCCAAAAAAGUCGCCUUAAAAGUCGAGAAGCCAGAUACUUCUGUCAACAGUGUUUUGGGCAUCGAAACAACCCAAAGUGAAACUCAGACCAACUUCCCACUUCCUCCCCCCAAAAUAAAACAAGGCUGUAGAAAAGAAUGCCAUGGGCUGCCUGGCUGUGAUAAACCGGACGUUCCAAAUUCAAAGAGAGGGUAUGAAGCAGUAUUGAGAAACCAGCCGUUCAAUGAACCUUUAGCAAGAGUCUCUGAUGUAUACUCCUCUUCGUCAUUUUUGAGCGCCCACGAUAUUGGUGUCCAGGCUGAACUUAAAAACUACCUCUCCAGGCCUCCGAGUUAUCUGUCCAAGCCCACUUUUCCAGUAAACCCCCAGACAUUUCUGUAUUUACAUUCCGAAUCUGAGGAAGAAACGAAGUUGACAAGCAGACUGCAUCAGAGACCCAAAGGUAAAAAGAAGGCCGACAGGUGUCCUAAAAAGGAUAUUGUGCCGUGCCAUCUGCAACAAGGAGCGAUGAAUAUGCAAGUGAAGAAGGAAAAGCCAACUGGCGGGACUGUGCCGAAGGAUGUUUUGAAAGAGAAAGGCAGAAAACAUUAUGAACCACCUGCUCCAAAACUAAUCCCGGCAGAUAACAGAAAGGAUAUUAAAACAAUAGCCUCCCCUGGCGUGAUGAAAAAGGAAAGCUUGAAGCUGAAAAGUGAGAAGAAACGAGAUGACGUCAAACCCAAAAAAGUAUUCAGCAAGCCUCCUGCUCCAACUGACCCACCCCUACAAAAUUUUGGGAAAAAUCUUCCAGACAAAGCAUCUGCGAGUAAAUUUCCAGCUUCUUGGCGUACGACAGGAAAUGCACUGGUAAGAACUGAUUGUCUGACUCUUGGGCGUGAAAAAGCCGUUAAAUAUGACCCCUGGAGGCAGCAUGUAUAGGACAGUGUUCUUUGAUGCAUUUAUCUUUUCCUUCUCGGUAGGACGUCAGGGUUAUAGGCAACCGUUCAACAUAAAUGUUGAAGCUGAAUGUACUGAAGAAACAUGAGAAACUGCAAAUUGAAGAAUCCUGCAUUGCCUAAAAAGUUUAAUACCAACUGGUUAAACUACACCAACAAGCCCGGCACUUGCAGGUUGCCUGGACUAUGAACCAGCAUUGUUCCCUGGACAGCGUUGCCUUUGUUGUGUACAGAUAAGGGUGUUUCAAUGAUGUGAUCAAACUAGAUUCUGGUCACACGGCUGGCACUGAUGCCACGGGGGUGUGUAAUUUUUCCUUUGUGUGACUGAGGCAAGUAGCUAUUGGAUAGUGACUGUUGGAUAGUGUGCAUGGACAUACUCAUUGUCCACAAAAUUUUUGGAUCUGAAUUCUUUUCAAGGCUGUUGAAAGUUACCAGCAUAUAGCCCUUUUAAAGAACCAUGGGGAGAAGUCCAUGACUUCUUCUGCUCCCUCAGUGAUAUCACAUCAUUCAAGAAUAUAAUUCAGCAAAUAGAGCACAUGUUAAAGCCAUCUUCUUGGUAGUUUCUUCAAGCACUGCACUGGCUAAAAUGGCUAAUGUUAGAGAUGGAUUCAGACUUCAAGGAUUAUACUCGUUGGCUUCAAGCACUAGGGGGUUUUUUUAGUGCUUUUAUCCAUUUCAUUGCUACUCAGCUUGCUAUUUCUUAACUCGCAAGUUCCCAGUUCACUGUACAAAAGUUUCUUUGCCUACCAGUAGCACAACCCAGCUCUAGGCCAUAUUUGAGAAUUUUCCCCCAAUGCUUUUUAAAUUCUUUGUUAGCUAGAUUUAUAGCCUACCCCAUGUCGAAAAUUCGGGGAAGG